UAAUUCAAGACACGCAAUAAUACAGACAUAUAUAGAUUAUAUAUGUAUAUAAACAUAUAUAUAAGUAUAAUGAAUUGACAUUGAAAUAUCUAAUGAACCUAUUUAUACUAAUUGGAAUUCCGCCAUAAAGGCAGUUCAGUAUUGCGGUAAAACGAGAGAAAAUCUUAUCGAUAUAUUACGUAUCAAUCGAUAAAACACUCCAAGCGUCCGUAAUAUGAAACCUAAUAGUUGUUAAGCAAACAUAGAAGGCAUGUGUUGAUUUUGUGCAAAAAUAAAAUGGACAAACAGUCAUGGAUAACUCCAUUCAAGAAACAGUGUUUCGUGACGGUGGGGGUGUCUUUAAACAUGGCGACGCAUGGAUUGGUGAUGGGAUUCGCAGCCAUAUUGCUACCGCAGCUGCGGCUGCCCGGGUCUUUGAUACCGAUUGACGAUGUCUCUGGAUCAUGGAUAGCUUCAAUCCUGGGUUUUGCAUUAGUGGCUGGUAACUUUAUAGUGCCGACAAUUAUGGCUAAAUAUGGAAGAAGAACUGCUAACUUGGCCAGCAUAGCACCCAUGAUUAUCGGCUGGUUCUGUAUUAUCACCGCCAGUAACAUAACGGCCCUUCUGAUUGCACGAUUCCUUCAAGGCGUUGCUAUGGGCAUGAGCGCUUCGCUUGGGCCUGUUUUAAUCGGAGAGUAUACGAGCCCAAAGAGUAGAGGAGCAUUUUUGACGUUUAUUUCAUUAUCGAUUGCGACGGGAGUUCUUUUCGUCCAUACCCUCGGUUCAUUCUUCUCUUGGCAAGUCACAGCCCUAAUUAUUGCCUUCGUUGUUUUUAGCGAUCUCUUGAUAGUUAUAUAUUCCCCUGAGUCACCAAGUUGGUUAGCUGAUCAAGGCAGGUAUGACGAAUGCAGAAAAGUAUUCAGAUGGCUAAGAGGACACAGUGAAGAUGAUGAAUUGGAAAAAAUGAUUGAAGCGAGCAAAGUAAUCAGAGAAGCCAAAGCUGAAAUGGAAAUAUCGCAAUCAUUUUCAAAGAAUUUUAAAAGGAACAUUGCAUAUGUAAACACAACAAUAAGAAAGAAGGAGUUUUACAAACCGAUCUUUAUAAUGAUCCACAUUUACACGUUAGGUCAAUGGGCUGGUGCCAACAUUUUAGCUGCAUACACGAUAGAUAUAUUCAACCACGUCAUUGGUACGGAAGCCAAUAUUUCUCUCAUGGUAAUUACUUUGGACAUCCAGAGAAUCAUAUCGAAUACGUUCGCCGUUUAUGUUAUUAAGAAAGUAAAGCGGCGCACGAUGCUUUUCGCCACGGUUGGCAUUAAUAUCUUUGCCUUCCUCGCUACAGCCGCCUAUACUUAUUUAAAAAGUCAAAAUAUGCUACCGUUCGACCAUCCCGCCAUUGGUAUAGCAUUGAUUCAUAUCCACAUGUUUUCUAUAGCAACGGGUACGGUACCACUCCCAUUUAUUAUUGCUGGUGAAGUUUUUCCAUUGGAGUACAGAAGUUUGGCGGGUGGUUUAAGUGUUCUUUUCCUGUCAACAAAUCUUUUUAUAACUGUCAAAACCGUGCCGUAUUUGUUCAAAAACGUCGGCAUUCACGGUGCUUAUAUCUUAUACGCAAUAGUCGUCGGCUAUUGUACGGUGAUAGCAUGGUGGUUUCUACCAGAAACAAAGGAUAGAACCUUACAGGAGAUUGAAGACGAGUUCAGAGGAAAACCGCUUUCUCCUGAGGAGUUGAAAUCGACUCAAUCUUUGACAUCGUUUAAGCAUUUCAAUACGGACAGGCGGUGUAGCAGUCCUGUAAUAUAAGUGUUCACAGCCAAGAUAUCAUACUAAUCCAUCAUAACCAAUGCGACAAGUGUGUCAGUUUUUUUUUAAUAUGAGUUUAUACUUGUGGCUGGCUGUAAUGUUAAUUCAUCUUUGUAGAUAUAAGUAACGAUAAGCAACACAUGAAGACUGUAAAUAAAUAAUGAUAAGUUAUCUGA